ACAACAACACGCGGAUGAAAAAGAAACCCAAAAAGCAAUAAUUUAACAAAAGAACAAAAGGCACAAACAGCACAAACAACAACAACACGGACGAAGAAGUGACAAAGUGCAGGCCAAUUCAGUGAUGACGCAGACGUUUCUGCUGCCGAUGCUUCUGCCGCUGUCGACUUUGCCUGCAUUUUUGCCUUAAUUUUGUGUUUCCUGUUAAAAAAAGAAAAACGAAAACUAAGUGAGAAAGAGAAAAAGUAAUCAUAAUAAAUAACAACAACAACAACAAGUGACAGAAGAAAAAGCAGAGAAUCUAUAUAUACAUAUAUAUCAAACAAAAGCAAAACUUUCUUCUUUAAAAGCCGGCAACAACAAAAGCGAUUAAGAAUCUCAUAUGAGAGACUACCUCCCGCUGCAAAUUUAAAUUAUAUCCAAUUGGAUUGGGCGUACUUCCUUAUUGGGAUUGUCCCAAUGCAUCUCAAUUGAUCAUCAGCAGCAGAAAUAAAUAACAGUAAUUGAUUAUCGUGUUAUCCAAUUGGAUAGGUCAGAUUGCAAAAGUGAAAAGUGUUCUUCAUCGAAUCGAAUCGAAUUGGAAUAAUUUUCACACUCUUGGAUAUAUAUAUUGGAUCAUCAAAAUGGCGUCUUUCUAUUUUGUGAACGAAUUCCUUCUGGCGGCGGUUCAUAUCGAAGGCCGCCUGGAUGCGUUUUUGCUUUGAUCGGCUGUGCUUUGCCACAAAGCGGCCAGCCACAAAUCGCCAAAAUCAAACCAAUGAGGAGCCACAGUGCACUAGUUUCAUAUCAGAAGUAGAUGCACCACCACCAUCACAGAGAUCAGCACCACCCACAGCACAAUUGCCACCUGCAUCAACAACAGAAUCGUCAGUUAGUAAUCAUUUCUAUGCCGACUAUCAGAAAUUGCAACCGGCGAUAAUCAAUAACAGCAGCAGCGAGGCCAAGCCACCGGACAUAGCACUACAACCACAAUCACAAUUGUCUGCUACACCUUCACCACCCAUACCACCCACCCAGACAGCACCACCACCCAUACAACCACCCAUCGUAGAAGCGCCAUUUCAAUUGCCGUUGCGUCUCUAUCGCCGUCAUAGCAGCGCCGAAGAUCAACGAACGUUGACGACAGCGACGAGAAAAUCUCCGAGCGAAACACCGACGCUGCGAAGAGCCAUCAGUAUGCAGCAACAGGAGCCGAAUGCCAACUAUCAUCAGUUUCCCAGCGACUUGGGGCUGAUCAACAACAACGCCGGUGCUGGACCCAUCGUUAUCAACACCUCCAACCCCAACAACAUCAACAACAACAAUCCGAAUCAGCUUCUGGGCACGGGCAUUGUCACAUUGCCCGCUGCCAAUUUGGGUCUGUUGGGACUGGAGCAUACCUCAGCGGGUCUACGUCUAGUGCCGGCACCACCGCCCCACUCUGAUGUUCUAACCCACACACUAAUCUAUGGUACACCACCGAGUGGUACGCUGCAGCAGUUACACACAGAUCCCAGGAGUCUGCUGCAUCAACAGGAACUGCAGUUGCAGCAACGCUAUCAACAAUUGCAGCAAUUGCAGGCGCAGACACAAGGUUUCUAUACGGCCACAGGGAGUCCGGUUCUAUACCAGCAUCAUCAACAGCAGCAGCACCACCAGCAGCAGCAGCAGCAACAACAGCAACCAACGAUAGCACAAACUCAACCUCUGCCCAUACCCGGAUCACCGGCGGCGUGUCAUUCGCCCACAGUACCACCAAAUACAUUAGGCCUGGCCCAGCAAAUGCAGGGAUUGCGUAUAUCGUCGGGCUGUACCCCGGACACCCCGUCUCCGGUGGGUAUGGCGGAUCCAUCUGCAUCCCUCACCUACAUAGCCGCCACGCCGCAAGAGGAGCGCUUCAUUCAGAUAAUACAGGCCAAGGAUCUAAAGAUUCAGGAAAUGCAACGAGCCCUUCAGUUCAAAGACAAUGAAAUCGCUGAACUCAAAUCGCAUUUGGAUAAAUUUCAAAGUGUCUUCCCCUUCAGUCGAAGUAGUGCGGCGGGAUGUGCUGGCAGUGGAGCAGGUAGUGGUGCUUCAGGCGGCGGUGGAGGAGGUGGAUCUAGUCCGGGACCAAGUACAGGCACAGGAGCAACUCGGAAAUCGGGUCAAACAUUUCAACGACAGCGCGCUCAGGGUAUAUCAGCGGAACCGCAAAGCGAAUCAUCGGUGCUAUUGGAGCAUGUCAGUUUUCCCAAAUAUGAUAAGGAUGAGCGCUCCCGUGAGCUUAUCAAAGCUGCCAUUUUGGAUAACGAUUUCAUGAAGAAUUUGGACUUGACGCAAAUUCGUGAAAUUGUCGAUUGCAUGUAUCCAGUUAAAUAUCCAGCCAAGAAUCUGAUUAUCAAAGAAGGGGAUGUCGGCAGCAUUGUCUAUGUGAUGGAAGAUGGCCGCGUUGAGGUGUCACGCGAAGGCAAAUAUCUCUCAACCCUUUCGGGAGCCAAAGUUUUGGGUGAAUUGGCCAUUUUAUAUAAUUGCCAGAGGACAGCAACAAUCACGGCCAUAACUGAGUGCAAUCUUUGGGCCAUUGAGCGACAAUGUUUCCAAACAAUAAUGAUGCGAACUGGCCUGAUCAGGCAGGCCGAGUACACGGACUUCCUCAAGAGUGUACCAAUUUUCAAAGACUUGCCCGAUGAUACACUGAUCAAAAUCUCGGAUGUCCUUGAGGAGACUCACUAUGAACGCGGUGAUUAUAUUGUACGGCAAGGAGCACGCGGUGAUACCUUCUUCAUCAUAUCCAAGGGUAAAGUGCGUGUGACCAUUAAGCAGCAGGAUACACAGGAGGAGAAAUUCAUACGUAUGCUGGGCAAAGGAGAUUUCUUUGGUGAAAAAGCUUUGCAAGGGGAUGAUCUACGCACGGCGAAUAUUAUAUGCGAAUCACCUGAAGGUGUCAGCUGUUUGGUCAUUGAUCGUGAGACAUUUAAUCAGCUGAUUUCAAGUUUAGAUGAAAUCAAACAUCGCUACGAUGAUGAAGGAGCUCUCGAGCGUAGAAAAAUCAAUGAGGAAUUCCGUGAUUUAAAUCUCACCGAUCUACGUGUCAUUGCCACAUUGGGAGUCGGUGGUUUCGGACGCGUUGAAUUGGUCCAAACGAAUGGCGAUAGCUCACGUUCCUUUGCCCUGAAACAGAUGAAGAAGUCGCAAAUUGUCGAGACCCGACAACAGCAGCACAUAAUGUCCGAAAAGGAGAUAAUGGGCGAGGCAAAUUGUCAGUUUAUAGUGAAACUAUUCAAGACCUUUAAGGACAAGAAAUAUCUCUAUAUGCUCAUGGAGAGUUGUCUGGGCGGUGAACUGUGGACGAUAUUGCGUGACAAGGGCAACUUCGAUGAUGGCACCACUCGAUUCUAUACAGCUUGUGUGGUGGAGGCCUUUGAUUAUCUGCACUCGCGCAAUAUCAUCUAUAGGGAUUUGAAGCCAGAGAAUUUACUACUCGACGAGCGGGGCUAUGUCAAAUUGGUUGACUUUGGUUUUGCCAAGAAAUUGCAAACGGGUCGCAAGACUUGGACAUUCUGUGGCACACCCGAAUAUGUGGCCCCGGAAGUGAUAUUGAAUCGCGGCCAUGACAUUAGUGCGGAUUAUUGGUCGUUGGGUGUCUUGAUGUUUGAGUUGUUGACGGGAACCCCACCAUUCACUGGCUCUGAUCCCAUGCGUACCUAUAAUAUUAUACUUAAGGGCAUUGAUGCCAUCGAAUUUCCACGCAAUAUCACACGCAAUGCCAGCAAUUUGAUUAAGAAAUUGUGUCGUGAUAAUCCAGCUGAACGUUUGGGCUAUCAACGUGGUGGGAUUAGUGAAAUACAAAAGCAUAAAUGGUUCGAUGGCUUCUAUUGGUGGGGCCUGCAGAAUUGUACUCUAGAACCGCCCAUAAAGCCAACAGUCAAGAGUGUGGUUGAUACAACAAACUUUGAUGAUUAUCCACCCGAUCCAGAAGGACCACCGCCAGAUGAUAUCACCGGAUGGGAUAAAGAUUUCUAGUUACACACACACACACACACACACACAAAUAUAUUUCCUAGACGAUGCUCUCUAUCCUCUAUCUAUAAACUUUGAUCUUAAAUUGUGCGCCAUAUGUACGCCAAAGCAACAGUCAGCAGCUUGAAAGGAAAAGUCUCCAUUGGCCCCAGGCCCUCAAAAAUCAUAAUGUAUAAGCAAAAUCACACACACACACACACACAUCAAUCAUACACACAUACAUAUACAUAUACAUCCAUCUUUGUAGGAAUGUGAAACACAAUGAAUUUAUUAACGAGUUUACAACUAAUUAAGCCCAGCAAAAAGAUGAAAUUUGUGAGUAAUUUGUCUAGUUCAUUGGAAAUACAUAAUUGAUAUAUA